AUGGAUAACUCUCAUUCUACACAGAGUUUAAUUACUUCUCCUACUAAAUGAAGUUGGUCCUAUGGAACUGAUAAUGAAGCUGGGCCAGGUAGCUAUAAUAUUCCGACUAUUAUAGGAUACCAGUCAUGCAGGUACAGAAAUUCUCCUAAACCAACAAUCCCAAAAGCAGCUAAAGAAAGCAAGGUUUAUUACUGCCGAUCUCUCAGCAAAGAGUUUUAUGGGACGCAUUCGCCGCCGCUUACAGCCUAUAACCCUAAUUUGUCAUUUACAGAAAAAAAUGAGGCUUCGGUUAAAAUUGGGACUGCGAAACAAAGAGAUUUGCAAUUUAUUGAAACUCAUAGAGACAGGUCUCCUGGGCCAAUUUAUGGGUAUAAGACUGAUAUGAAUCAAGAUGUACAUAUAGGGAGCUCGUUCUCCAGGGCGUCAAGGGAUGUGACACCGUCAAGAAAUCCGGGACCAAAUGCAUAUACGCCUGUAUUGAGGCCGAGAUCUUCAUAUAUUACUAUGAAAGGUAUUAUUUUUUAUAUAAGUUUUGGUAUAUUUUGAUAAAUAUUAUAGAAAAAUAAUAUUCAGCGCAAUUAUUAUACAUAUUCCCCGGAUAAAAUAUACCUGAAAAACUAUGAAAGAUAUAUGAAAGGAAAAAUCAGUCCUGGGCCUGCGAAAUAUAAUGUUAGUGAUACAAAAAUAGUAAAAAAGGCUUAUAUAUCCAAGGUUGGCAGAGAUGCCUAUGAAAGUAAAGGAUAUUUUAGUGAAAAGAGAAUCACCUGGCCCUGGGACUUAUUUUAAAGCUGGGCUGCAUGCUAAGACAAGAUCUUACCUUAUCUUUAUUAACAGACAGGCUCUCCUCCUAAUUUUUCACAAUCACCGAGGACCUUCGAUAUGGGAAAUUCAACCGCUUUAUGAACCAUGCAUUCUACCAAAGGAUGGCAGUGUCUAAUACUUGCCUUUCGGCUGCAGUGUUGAGUUGGCGGUCUUCGGACUUGUGCAGUCUUGCUUAAAAUUGUUGGAUGCAGAAAAAUACCAAAAAUUGGAAUUUCUGGUCGAAUCUCAGCAAAAAGGGAAAACACAUAGCCCAUGGUGUAACUCCUGGUUUCACGUUGGUGAAGUGCCUGAUUGGUCUAGGCAUCCCUGUAGAUAUUGUCAGGCGACCCUUUUCCAAAUCUGUGCCACCCUCCCUUGAGGUAAAAUCCAUCCUUGAAAGCGGAGUUGGGCUAGGCUCUGGACGUCAAGAAUUGCUUAACCAUUUUUUGUGGCGGCAAAAAUUUUUCCGGAUAUAAUUAAAUAUGUGCUUGUAGGAAGGUCUAGCCGAUCGCGAAGCGCUGAAACGCCAGUUUAGUUAUGCUAAGACAAGAUCAGUUUCUUUUGGAACUGGAAGUAGAGAUGUUGAUGUGAGAAAUUGUAAAAUAUAUAUAGAUGGAAAAUCCGAUGAGAUGUUUAAGGCUUAA